AUGCCCGCUUCCACCAAAAAGAAACCGAAUCAAGAGAAAUUGCUCUUCAUUCGUGUUGAAAUACUUUUUGAACGUUGUAAAGCCCUCCUCUCCACGGCCAAUGAUUCGCUCGAAGCGUACAAACCCGACGCUGCUGCGGCAAUGUUCGAAAAGAUUUCCUCCCUCUCUGACGAUCUUACAGAGGCGUUCUCCUCUUGGCUCUUGAACUCUUCCGAUCUGGAGGACGAAAAUAUCGUGGUAGCAAAAACAACUUUCAAUGAAAUUGCAAAGUCCACUGACGACAUCCUCGUCAAGCUUAGGUCCAUAGCCCCUGUUAAUAAGUCCGCAAAACAGGAAAAAGAACAGGUACCCUCCAGGUUACGCAAAGUUGAUUUUCGUCCUCUUGACAAAGGUUCUCCAAAAAACUGGUUCGAAGACCUGGAGAUCGUGUUCAAGGCAAUGGGCAUCAACGAUGAGGCUUUCCGCUACGCAUCAUUGCUCCGCCUAGUGGAUGGACAAACAAGCACGUUGUUAAGCACGAUUUCAAGAGAGCAACCAGCUGACUGCUACACAAGAGCUCGGAAGGUUAUUAUUGCUGAAUUUUCGUUAUCUAAGUUCGACAGAGCCAAAAUGUAUCUGCAUGAUUCCGCACCUGGUCCUGAUGAAAACCUCUCGCAUUUCGCGUCGAGAAUCGAG